CACAAUAUUUAAAAACCAGCUCUUCCCUCGCCAGGGACCGAUCAUCUCGAAAACUAAAGCAUAUACGAUGCGUCGGCCCACAAACAAUGUGGUUUCGGGUUGAUCAGAGUCUUUUGGCUGUGUGUUGGGCUGUCUGCCUACUGUAUUGUACUGUGAGAAGGCAGGCAGAUAGGGGGCACCUCACCAAAAUCUCCCGCUCAACUCCACAUUCAACCCCCCCACCAAUUUACCUUCUAACUUCAACGCAUUUUAAAACCGACCACAGGAUUUAAACAUCUGAUUGCUUUAUUUAUUGAUUCUAUUUUCGGUUAGUUUAUGGUUUGUGUUUUUACACUCCGGGAGGGCAGAAAUGGCCGCCAACAUGUACCGGGUCGGAGACUAUGUAUUCUUUGAGAAUUCCUCCAGCAACCCUUACCUGAUCCGCCGGAUAGAAGAGCUCAACAAGACGGCCAGUGGCAAUGUGGAGGCCAAGGUGGUGUGUUUCUACAGAAGGAGAGACAUCUCACACAGCCUCAUACAGUUGGCUGACAAACAUGCGAAGGACUUAGAGGAGGAGAAAGAGGAGGAGAAAGAGAGUCCGUUGGAGGCAGAGCUGACAGACAAACAGAAACAUCAGUUACGCCACAGAGAACUGUUCCUCUCCCGUCAGUAUGAGAGUCUACCAGCCACACACAUCAGGGGGAAGUGUAGUGUGGCAUUAUUGAAUGAGACUGAAGCUGUCCUCUCUUACCUGGACAAAGAGGAUACGUUCUUCUACUCGCUGGUCUAUGACCCUACCCAGAAGACACUGUUGGCUGAUAAAGGAGAGAUCAGAGUGGGACCACGCUUUCAGGCUGAUGUACCUGACAUGCUACAGGAGGGGGAAUCAGAUGAGUGGGACCAGUCAAAGUUAGAGGAGAAGCUGUGGGAUCCUGAUUGUCCUCUCUCCAGCAAACAGAUUGACCAGUUCCUGGUGGUCGCACGGGCGGUGGGGACGUUUGCCAGAGCGCUGGACUGUAGCAGCUCGGUCAGACAGCCCAGUCUACAUACAAGUGCAGCUGCCGCCUCCCGAGACAUCACACUGUUCCAUGCGAUGGACACGCUGCAUCGUCAUGGUUACGACCUGUCCAGUGCAUUGAGUGUGUUGGUGCCGUCCGGUGGGCCGGUGCUGUGUCGGGACGAGAUGGAGGAGUGGAGCGCCUCGGAGGCAGCCAUGUUUGAGGAGGCUUUGGAGAAAUACGGAAAGGACUUCAACGACAUAAGACAAGACUUUCUACCGUGGAAGUCUCUGACCAGUAUAAUAGAGUAUUAUUACAUGUGGAAGACAACCGACAGAUACGUACAGCAGAAGAGACUGAAGGCAGCAGAGGCAGAGAGCAAACUGAAACAGGUUUACAUCCCCACAUACAAUAAGCCCAACCCUAACCAGAUCUCAGUGACCAAUGGGAAGAUGGCGACGGUGAAUGGGGCGGGGCCUGGAGCCUACCAUGCAGCGGGGGGAGGACGGGCCUGCGAGAGCUGCUACUCAAUGCAAUCAGCCCAGUGGUACUCGUGGGGGCCGCCCAACAUGCAAUGUCGCCUGUGUGUCUCGUGCUGGAUGUACUGGAAGAAGUACGGUGGCCUUAAGAUGCCAAGCAGAGCGGAGGCGCCUGAGGAGAAGACCCCACCAAGCCCUGUGCCCAACGAGCCUCGAUCGCGCGGCCAUGGCCCCCGCCAGUCCAGUCACAUGGUGCCGGUGCGUAACAGCGGCAGCCCCAAGUCCUCCACGAAGACCAAGCAGGCCUUCCUGCUGCAGGCCACCCGCCUCACCAAGCUGGCACGCCACAUGUGCCGCGACAUCAUCAGACUGCGACGCGCUGCGCGGCGCCCCUUUGUGCCCAUUAACUGUGGCGCCAUAAAGGCAGAGUAUAUGUUGCGGGUGUCGGAGGGGCAAGUCGGGCGACCACCUAGAAUCCGGACUGCCCAGAGGAGCACCCUGGCUAGCGUCUUGCAGUUUCUGGAGUCCCGCCCCGCGAUACACGCGCCCCGUUCUCACCGAACCCUCGGCUUGCAAGCCCCUCCCCCACGCCGCCUCCUCUCUUCUCUCCCUUACGGUCCCCACGGCCUUCUGGGUAAACGCAGCUUCCACCACCACACCAGAGCCGAGCCGGAGAAACGCCCAGAAAACCCAGGGCAGACAACGGGACCAGUGCACAACGGCCGCAGCAGUGGUGGCGGAGGGACCAGGGUCAGUGCUAGGGGCGGAGUCAUGAUUAGGAAGCGACGCCCAAACUUGAUCGAUGCCCCUGACGACAGCUUUUUCGUCGUCUCCCGGGAGACCAGGAGGGCCAGGCGGCUGCUGUCACGGUCCCAGCUGAGGCGCGCCUGUCGGCAGCCCUGUGAGCAGAUCACCCUGCGCAAGGCCUCCCAGGCACUAUCGCAGGGGCCGCUCCUCGCUCCUCCACACCCCCACCCCAGCCUCAGGAUGAGGGGACCCAUCGUUAUCCACGACUGACCACUGACCUCUGACCUUAUCUCUCUGCCAUGUUUGUCACCUGCCUAUGCUCUACAUGCAAGACCCUAACCCUAGUUACACCUGGCCCCCGACCCCCGCCCUGCCCAUCGCCCACUUAAAAAAAAUAUUGUGAACCUCCCCACCCUACGGAGUCUGACCCUUCACCUCGGGAGGAAGUGAUGUGCUGUGUUGCCGUGGGGACAGACAGAAAGUGGUUCCCACCUGUACAGAUUAAACUUCCCUGGGACAGAAACCAGUGUGUGCGUGUGAGAAUUUAUGUGUUUAAGCACGAGUGUGCACGCGCAAGGAUAUGAGCGUGUGCACGAGUGUGUGAACUUGAUGUUUUUUCUUCUUCUGUACCUGCUACAUGCCAGUGAGUGGGGGUUGUGAGAUAUAUAUAUACAAUAUAUAUAUACAGUGCAUUCAGAAAGUAUUCAGACCCCUCGUUUUUCCAUUUUUUGUUACGUUACAUCCUUAUUCUAAAAUAGAUUAAAUAAAUACAAAUCCUCAUCAGUCUACACACAAUACCCCAUAAUGACACAGUGAAAACCAUUUUUUUUUUAAAGUGUACAUUUAUUACAAAUAAAAACAGAAAUAUCUUAUUUACAUAAAUACUCAGACCCUUUGCUAUGAGACUCGAAAUUGAGCUCAGAUGCAUCCUGUGUCUAUUGAUCAUCCUUGAGAUGUUUCUACAACUUGAUUGGGGUCCACCUGUGGUAAAUUACAUUGAUUGGACACGAUUUGGCAAGGCACACACCUGUCUGUAUAAGGUCCCACAGUUGACAGUGCAUGUCAGAGCAAAAACCAAGCCGUGAGGUCAAAGGAAUUGUCCGUAGAGCUCAGAGACAAGAUUGUGUCGAGGCACAGAACUUGGGAAGGGUGCAAAAACAUUUCUGCAGCACUGAAUGUCCCCAAGAACACAGUGGUCUCCAUCAUUCUUAAAUGGAAGAAGUUUGGAACCACCAAGACUCUACCUAGAGCUGGCUGCACGGCCAAACUGAGCAAUCGGGGUAGAAGAACCUUGGUCAUGGAGGAGACCAAGAACCCGAUGGUCACUCUGACAGAGAUCCAGAGUUCCUCUGUGGAGAUGGGACAACCAUCGCUGCAGCACUCUACCAAUCAGGCCUUUAUUCACAAAUUUGUAUAAGCCAUUUCUCAGUAAAUGGCACAUGGCAGCCCGCUCGGAGUUUGCCAAAAGGCAUCUAAAGGACUCUAAAUGACCAAAAGGCAUCUAAAUGACAAACAAGAUUCUCUGGUCAGAUUAAACUAAGAUUGAAUUCCAAGCAUCAUGUCUGGAAGAAACCUGGUACCACCCCUACAGGGAAGCAUGGUGGUGGCAGGAUCAUGCUGUGGGGAUAUUUUUCAGCAGCAGGGACUGGGAGACUAGUCAGGAUCAAGGGAAAGAUGAACAGAGCAAAGUACAGAGAGAUCAUUGAUUAUAACCUGCUCCAGAGCGCUCAGGACCUCAGGACCUCAGACUGGUGCGGGGGUUCACCUUCCAACAGGACAAUGACCCUAAGCACAUAUCCAAGGCAAUGCAGUAGUGGCUUCGGGACAAGUCUCUGAAUGUCCUUGAGUGGCCCAGCCAGAGCCCAGACUUAAACCAGAUUGAACAUCUCUGGUGAGACCUGAAAAUAGCUAUGCAGCGACACUCCCCAUCCGACCUGACAGAGCUUGAGAAGAUCUGCAGAAAAGAAUGGGAGAAACUCCCCAAAUACAGGUGUGCCAAGGUUGUAGCGUCAUACCUAAGACUUGAGGCUUCUAAUCGCUGCCAAAGGUGCUUCAAUAAAGUACUGAGUAAAGGGUCUGAAUACUUAUGUAAAUGUAAUAUUUGAUAAAAUAUCUAAAUACCUGCUUUUGCUUUGUCAUCAUGGGGUAUUGUGUGUAGAUUGAUUGAGGGGGAAAAAGUAUUUAAUCCAUUAUAGAAUAAGGCGGUAAUGUAACAAAAUGUGGAAAUAGUUAAGGGGUCUGAAUACUUUCCGAAUGCAUGUAUAUAUACAGUGCCCUCCGUAAUUAUUGGGACAGUAAAGCAUUUUUUCUUCUUGAAAUUAAACAAGGACUAUGAGGUUAAAGUGCAGACUGUCAGCUUUAAUUUGAGGGUAUUUUCAUCCAUAUCGGAUGUAAAUACCCUCCAAGAAUUACAGCACUUUUUGUACAUCCCCCAUUUUAGGGGAGCAAAAGUAUUGGGACAAAAUCACUUAUAUGUGUAUUAAAAUAUUUGAAAGUGAAGUAUUUGGUCCCAUACUCAUAGCACGCAAUGACUAUAUGAAGCUUGUGACUCUACACAUUUGUUGGAUGCAUUUUCUGUUUGUUUUGGCUGUGUUUCAAAUGAUUUUGUCCCCAAUAUAAAUGAAUGGUAAAUAAUGUAUUGUGUCCUUUUGAAGUCACUUUUAUUGUAAAUAAGAAUAGAAUAUGUUUCUAAACAUUUCUACAUGAAUGUGGAUGCUGCCAUAAACUGACCUUCUCACUCAUCAUUAUGCACGAAUGUGUCACAAGCUAGAUGUAGUGCUUUGAAUAUGGGACCAAAUACUUCACUUUUUACUACUUUAAUACACAUAAGUGAAUUUGUCCAAAUACUUUUGGUCCCCUAUAAUGGGCGGACUAUGUACAAAAAGUGCUGUAAUUUCACCAACAAAAAAGUACAAAUAUCACCCCCCCAAGACAUGAUUACCUCUCACCAUUACAAUAACAGGGGAGGCAUUUUUUUGUGGCCGGGGGGGGGGGGGUAUGAUAUUUGUGCAUCUGUAACUUUCUCACUCAUCAUUAUUCAUGAUUCAUUCAGGAUGAUCCGUAAUCAUGGUAGCAUCCACAUUCAUACAGAAGUGUUUAGAAACAUAUUCUAUUCUUAUUUCUAUUCAAUAAAAAAGUGACUCCAAAAUGACACAAUACAUUAUUUACCAUUGGGAGAAAAAUACACAACCAAAACAAACAGCAAAUGCAUCCAACAAAUUUGUAGAGUCACAAGCUUGAUGAGUCAUUGUGUGCAAUGAGUAUGGGACCAUUUAUUUAACUUUUUACUACUUUAAUACACAAAGUGAAUUUGUCUCAAUACUUUUGUUCCCCUAAAAUGGGUGGACUAUGUACAAGAAGUGCUGUCAUUUCUAAAUGGUUAACCCAAUAUGGAUGAAAAUACCCUCUAAUUAAAGCUGACAGUCUGCACUUUAACCUCAUGGUCAUUGAUUGAUUUUUGAGUAUAGAGCCAAAAGAAGAAAAAAUGCUUCACUGUCCCAAUAAUUACGGAGGGCACUGUAUAUACUGUAUAGCUCUCCUCCGUGUGUCAGAGAGAUCUAACCAGAUAUCAACUAACCAAUUCGGAUCAACUAGAUUUAAAGGGAUGGUUUGGUCACAAACUAAAUGGUUAAAGGGAUUGUUAUCAUUUAAAAGGAUAGCUGCAUCAUUCUGUAGCCUACAGUUCCAUGACACUGCGAACCUCUGAGGCAACAACAUAGAUAUAUACGCUCCUCUCCCUCAGAGUCAUUGUAUAUUACUAUACCCAUUGCAGCACUGUACAGUCUAGCCACUCUAUUUCUAUGCUCUACCUAGCCCUCCUCUUUGCUCAACAGAACCUGGGACUGUCAUGACAGAUCUAAUCUGAUUUGGCACCCUAUUCUACAUUUGGCCAGAGCCGUCUGGUGCACUAGGGAAUAGGGUGACUUUUAGAACAUGUCUCCUGCAGCAGCAUGCCUGUGAGGUCAAACCUCCUGAUCAGCUGAUCUUUGAUUACUUCUCCACUAUGUUUAUGUUGGUGUUCCUGUACGUCACGUGUUCCUGUACAUCACGUGAUUAAAAACAAAACACAUGACA